AUGGAAGGCGCAGUCGCAAACUCCAAACUUUCUUAUCCGCCGAUGUCUACGAGGCCAUUGUCAUUCGCCCACGAGCCAGAAGGGGCUUGCGAAGGUUCAGUGUUAUCGAAAAUCGCCAAAAUGGGUUCGUUGUUCAGAAGUGCCGAAAUGACUUUGUGCCAGCUUUUCUUGCAGAGCGAGGCGGCGUAUGCGUGUGUCUCAGAAUUGGGAGAGUUGGGAUUAGUGCAGUUUAGAGAUCUGAAUCCUGACGUGAAUGCUUUUCAAAGGAAAUUCGUCAACGAAGUCAGGCGUUGCGAUGAGAUGGAAAGGAAACUGCGCUAUCUCGAAAAAGAGAUAAAAAAAGAUGGAAUCCCUAUGCUCGAUACCGGGGAGAAUCCAGAAGCACCUCAGCCUAGAGAGAUGAUUGAUUUGGAGGCAACCUUCGAAAAACUGGAAAACGAACUGCGCGAAGUUAAUCAGAACGCCGAAGCCCUCAAGAGGAACUUUUUGGAAUUGACAGAACUCAAGCAGAUCCUUCGCAAAACCCAAGUGUUCUUCGACGAGCACGAGGGGGGUGUUAACCCCACUGAGUCUAUGACCAGGGCCCUCAUUAGUGACGACUCUAUAGCCCGACAAAGCACCUUAGGCCCCGUGCAAUUGGGUUUUCCGGAUAAACAGUUUGACCCAGAGGAAUACUUCCCAUGUUUCGUAGCUGGUGUCAUAUUGAGGGAACGUAUUCCUGCCUUCGAACGGAUGCUAUGGAGAGCUUGUCGAGGCAACGUAUUUUUACGUCAAGCGGAAAUAGAGACGCCACUGGAGGAUCCUUCCACAGAACGCAGCGGUAGUUCAGUUCCUCCAAUCUUGAACAGGAUGGAAUCGCAGGAGAACCCGCCGACUUACAAUCACACGAACAAAUUUACUUCCGCCUUCCAAACUCUUAUUGACGCCUACGGCAUGGCGUCUUACAGGGAAAUGAAUCCGGCCCCGUAUACCAUCAUAACCUUUCCUUUUCUCUUCGGCGUGAUGUUCGGCGAUAUGGGUCAUGGAUUGCUGAUGACCCUCUUUGGCGCUUGGAUGGUACUCAAGGAGAAGCCUCUGGCCGCCAAGAAAUCCGAUAAUGAGAUAUGGAACAUCUUCUUUGGCGGCAGAUACAUCAUUCUUCUGAUGGGUAUUUUCUCUAUGUACUCUGGUUUGAUUUACAACGAUAUUUUCGCCAAAUCUUUGAACAUAUUCGGUUCGAGUUGGAGAAUCUUCAAUGUGACCAAGGAAGAAUUGAAGUUGCAGCAUGAGUUCACUUUGCUGCCAGAAACGACGAAAAACUUUUUAGGUUCGUCCUAUCCUAUAGGGCUGGAUCCGGUGUGGCAACUAUCGAAGAAUAAGAUCAUAUUCCAGAACUCUUUCAAAAUGAAGAUUUCCAUUAUUUUUGGCGUGAUCCACAUGUUGUUCGGAGUGGUGAUGAGCUUAUUUCUGUAUUUCAAGGACAAACUGAGUAUAAUCACAGAAUUCCUGCCGAAACUAAUAUUCCUCGUUUUCCUAUUUCUUUACAUGGUUUUGCUAAUGUUCAUCAAAUGGUUCAUGUACUUUGCCAAUAUUGACGAGAAAGAUUUAAUAUAUGGUUCACGAUGUGCACCUUCAAUCCUCAUCACAUUCAUCAACAUGGUUCUGCAGAAGAAAACACCCUACGACCCGGAUUGUCUUACUUCAGACAUGUUUGCUGGUCAGCAGGGUAUCCAGAAAUUUUUGCUGAUUUGUGCUAUCAUUUGCAUACCUUGGAUGUUGCUUGCCAAACCUGUGAUGAUCAUGAGAGAACGUAGAAAGUCACAGCACUAUUCAGUCUCCCAUCAACAAAUGCAGUCUGCUACUGAAAAUGGGGAUGCGGAACAACCUAUGCACAAUAACACAGCUCAGCCGCCUGUUGCUCAUGGGGGUCAUGAAGAAGAGCCCCUCAGCGAGAUAUUCAUCCACCAGGGCAUUCACACUAUCGAGUAUGUCCUUGGAUCCGUCUCUCACACAGCAUCCUAUCUUCGGUUGUGGGCUUUGUCAUUGGCUCAUUCUCAAUUGUCUGAGGUUUUAUGGAUGAUGGUGAUGAACAAAGGUUUAAAAGUUGACGACUGGUUAGGAGGUAUAGCCAUAUACAUCAUUUUUGCUGUUUGGUCUGUACUCACAGUCUCCAUUCUGGUUCUCAUGGAGGGACUGUCAGCCUUUUUGCAUACUUUGCGUUUACACUGGGUGGAAUUCCAGAGCAAGUUCUACAUGGGUGCUGGCUACGGAUUCCAGCCAUUUUCAUUCGAAAUAAUCCUCGAUUCGGCCUCUCAGUCCAAGGAAGAAAAUUAAGAGGUGUGAUUGCCAACUGUUUAUUGUUCUCAUUCUUGCUAACCCCUAGAAGGGUCCCUCAAUAUGUACUUAACUGUGAACUUGAUUGAAGAAAAAUAUUUAUGCAUGCAUAGUUCAAAAUAGAUGUAUUGACAUUUUCAUUUUUUAUGUAAUUUAGGAAUAAAUCAUUUUUGCCCUGAAGGUGUUCCAUGUAAGCGCUUCAAUAAACAUGUAACUGUGA